AUGCUUUUGUAAAGGCAUUAUAAAUUAUAAAGAUCAUGUAAAUGGUAUUUAUAUAAAGUUGUGUUUUUGGUAAAAAGAAUUAAAAAGAGGAAAAUACUCAACUCCUUAAUUUAAACAAUUUAAAAAUUUGAAAAGAAAAUAGUAGAAUUUUUUGCCUUUUAAAAAUUACAUGAUUAUGCCACUAUUUUAAUAUAGAGAGAUGCUGAAAUUUAGAGAUAAUAAUAAGAGUUAGAGAAAGAAUUAUAGAUAGAAAGUUCUGGAGAAAUCAAUAAAUCAGUCAAUAUAUCUUAAAAAUUAGUUGAAGAUGAUUUAAGUAUUAGUUAAUCUUAACCAAUUUAAUCUUUUAAUAUCAAAACAUUCACUAAACUUGACCCAGUAAGCAAUUCCGCUUCACAUGAUAUGUUUAAAAAGGCUCUGGAUGAGUUAAAAUAAAAGUUAAAAUUAGAAUAAGAUAAAAGAAGAGAUUUGGAAGAUUAGGUAGAAAAAUUAUAAAAUGAUCUAAAAUAAUUUGAAUCCUCAGGUAGAGAAACUUUAAAUCCUUCUGCAUUUGGAUAAUUAGAAGACAUAUUUACUUUAUAAAAAUUAACAGAAGAAAAGACAAUGUUGGAAGUUUAAGUAGAAUAAUUAUAAUUUGAGAAAAAAAGAAUUGAAAAAUCUGUACUAUAUUCAUAUCAUAUUUUAGAGUUUUGAUUAAAUUUAAAAUUUAAGCCUCUAAUUAGCUCAUGCCUAACAGUGUAUCAAAGAAUUAGAGCACAAUAAUGAAGCUUUAACAUAGGAUUAUUUAAAUGAAGUUAAAGCUAAUGAAGAAAUUGAGGAAAAGUUAAAAGAUGAAUGGAAUUAAGAAAGAAGACAAUUAGCUAGAGAAUUAGAGGAUUGUAAAAAGGCUUUAUCUAAUUAAAAUAAAAUUGCUUAAAAAGAUAUUUAAAGAAUUAAGAUGGAAUAUGAUAGAGAAAAAUUGAGGGUAGCUGAAUUAGAAAGUGAAGUUUUAAAAGCUAAAUAAAUUAGCGAACUAUAUAAAUCUUAGUUAGAAUAAAAUGAUUCAAACAUUAAAGAUCAUAAAGGGAAUGAACAUGAACUAUAAUUGAAAGAUUUAUAAAUUAGGGAUUUAUAAGUUGAAAUUUAAAAAAGGGAUCAAACAAUAUCCUAAUUGAAUAAUUAAAUCAAACAAAACAAUUCUAAAUCUCUUACUCAAUCUUAAGUUAUCAGUUAAAUUAAUGAUACUCCUGAAGUAAUUUAAGAACUCAAUGAAAAAAUUAUAACAUUAUCAGCUACUUUAAAAAAAAGAGAAUUUGAAUAAAGUAGAAAUAAAAAGCUGAUACAUACAAUGAAUCAUCUUGUUAAGCUGAAAAUUAUUGAAGUUAAUGCUCUUCAUAAGCAUUUUAAUAUUGUGCAUGAAUAAUAAAAACAAGUAUUACAUAUAUUCAUUUUCUUAAGGAAAUUUAUCAGCCAAUAGCUUAAAUCAUGGAAAAAGAAAAAAUAUUGAUGAAAUAAUUUGAAGAACUAGUUAAAUAGAUGAAUUAAGAAUAGACAGAACAUGCAGAAAAUUAAUAAAAAAAUGGAUGA